AUGACUUUGCGCUGUGACAGAAACCUCAUUGUGCAAACAGAAGAACAGUAUGCUUUUAUCCAUGAAGUUCUCGUGGAAGCUAUUCACGGGCAUACCAAAAUACGUGCGAGUAAAUCCAGCGGAAGGAAGUCAAUGCAAAUACAGGUAUAUCCUCAUUGGAUUUCCACCAAUUUUGCUGAUUACGUGGGACCAGUGAUAAUAAUAUGGAAUAUUAUAAGAUUUUGUGAAGCUGCCCUUGGCCACUUCGUGGGUCCCUCCCACAACCCAACGCCAACACCGCAUUUUAAGUAAGACAGACUGUUGGGUUAAUGAGGGGGGAGGGAAGCGCAGUGUUUGUUGGACGGUCGUACUUAAUUUAAUUCCCAUUUUUACAAAACAUUCAAAGCGCUAUUAAUAGCGUGUUUAAAGUAAUUUUAAAGUAUGGCUCCCGGGGUGUGUUUCUUGGGACAUUUUUGUGAUUUGUGAAUGGUGCUGCAGUUAUCAUCUUGCAAAUCAUCCCAAUGUUUCUUCUAAAUUGAAGAUUAAAUUUUUAACCCUACACGUGCAUAAUAAUUUGCUACUGGGCAAACAGAAAUGGUCGAGGAGUUUACCCGUUUAAGUCGGGGCAGUGCUGCACCGCAGUCCAAAUUUCAGGCAGCCAACAUGCACUACAACAAGGCCAAGAAUCUUAAUGCAAACGUGUUAGCGUUAGAUGACACUCUUGUUAAACUUAGCGCUAUUACCGGCAUAGAAGGCUCUGACUACAUCAACGCUAACUUCAUCGACGAUACAUGA